AUGACGCCCCAAAAACGGCAAUUGGACGACGAGGUCAACGAAACCAAGAUUGAUUUGGGUAAGAAGAAACAGGUCACUGUGCGCAACUUUAAAGGAGUUAAACUGGUGGAUAUCAGAGAGUUCUAUACUACUUCAGAAGGGGAACUAAGACCAGGAAAGAAAGGCAUAUCUCUGACUGAAGAGACCUGGAAAACUCUCGUCGAUAACAUUGGGAAAAUUCAAUCUGCUCUGGACCUGUUGGAUGGUGAAAAACCGGGUGAGGAUGACUCAAAGAAAAAGACAAAGGUGAAAGGAAACUCCAUAGUUACAUCGGAAGAUGAUGCCGAAAUUGAAGCCCAAAUUAAGCAAGAAAUUGAAGACAAGCAAUAG